AUGGCCGAUUUAUCAUCCUUGCUUGAAAAGGAACAAAUUGAGUGGCCGUUUGAGCUUAGGCCUAUACACCUUGUUCCGGGUGAUGAUCAAAUGGGAGAUUGCUGGAAAGUUGGAUGCUUUACAGAACAGUUAAUUAAGAACAUGGAGACUGAAUUGCGACGAAGGAAGAGGCAGUUGGAACACUAUGAAAAUCAUUUGGAAAAGUUGAUUCAGCAAUCAAACACACAAGCAGGAUAUCAAUACGAUGAAAUGAAUGUCCUCGAUGUUGAUGGCGAGAUCGCCCAAAUGGACAUACUUAUAACCAAACUGCGCCAAAGAAUACAAGAUGUAACAGUAGCUAGAUGGUUAUGGCUAUGUUAUAACUAUUUAAUUGAAAAUGAGUUGACGAAAUUGAACUCCAAAUACAAUAACGACCACGAAAGUGACAGUGAAACUGAAAGCGGUCAUAAAAACAGCAUAAAAAAGAAGAGAAAAGGUAAAUCGGAACAAAUGAUCAUUUGUUAUGCCAAACUGGUGCUGAACCCGUUUGUUAUCAGAAACAAUAAUUGCAUAAACGACAAACAUUUAUCAAACACAUUGGACAGCCAGGUGGAUUCAUUCAUCAAAGAAUUUGAGAGAAUCAAAGAAACCCUUGAAAAUUACUGGAUUGACAUAUCCAAAAAGGAAGGCGCGAUUGAAAUCAUGUGCAUUGAUAAAAUAAUGAGGAAAAGGGAACCAUUUAUCAACACACCAACUGUGUUGUACAUGACUAAGGAAAUGAUUAAUGGAUCAGUACUAGAUUACCUGAAGUACCUACCUAACAAGAAUAAUAUAUACCAACUGGAGGAUUCGCUGCUCUUCAACAACUUAAAACAGCAAAUUUCACUGUUAAAUUAUAUGGAGCAAAACGGAAUAGCGCAUAACAAUAUUAAGCCGAGCAAUGUGCUAAUAUCGCAAGACGGACGCAACUUGUUGCUGACCGACUUUUGCCCUCAAACCCUGUUCGUUGAAAGGUGUUUUAAGGUACGGAAUGGGAAAUUAAACAGCGCCAAGUUCAUAUCGCCAGAAUUUACAUUACUUCUCACCAAUGAGAUACCUUUUCACAAUGUCGAGGAGUCAAACAAGCUAUCGGAAGAAAUCGCGAAUAAGGUGGAUCGAUACGACUUCCCUGAUAAAGUAAAACACUUUGUGCACAAAAACGAUGUGUUUUGCUUAGGGCUGAUUUAUUAUUUCCUCCUGACUCUGAAGAUUCCAUCGGAGGAAGACUUGGUAUACGAAGAGGUGAUAAGCGAGCUCAAGGAAAUGUUGAAAACGAGAGAUCACGGUAACAGCCUGAUUUAA